AGAAGACCCCCAUCAGGGUGCGGGGUGCAGUUGCGGCUCCAGGGCCAUGGCGGAGGAGCAGGGCCGGGAACGGGACUCGGUUCCCAAGCCGUCGGUGCUGUUUCUGCACCCAGACCUGGGCGUGGGCGGCGCUGAGCGGCUGGUGUUGGACGCGGCGCUGGCGCUGCAGACGCGCGGGUGUAGCGUGAAGAUCUGGACAGCGCACUACGACCCGGGCCACUGUUUCGCCGAGAGCCGCGAGCUACCGGUGCGCUGUGCCGGGGACUGGCUGCCGCGAGGCCUGGGCUGGGGCGGCCGCGGCGCCGCCGUCUGCGCCUACGUGCGCAUGGUCUUCCUGGCGCUCUACGUGCUGUUCCUCGCCGACGAGGAGUUCGACGUGGUAGUGUGCGACCAGGUGUCUGCCUGUAUCCCAGUGUUCAGGCUGGCUAGACGGCGGAAGAAGAUCCUAUUUUACUGUCACUUCCCAGAUCUGCUUCUCACCAAGAGAGAUUCUUUUCUUAAACGACUAUACAGGGCCCCAAUUGACUGGAUAGAGGAGUACACCACAGGCAUGGCAGACUGCAUCUUAGUCAACAGCCAGUUCACAGCUGCUGUUUUUAAGGAAACAUUCAAGUCCCUGUCUCACAUAGACCCUGAUGUCCUCUAUCCAUCUCUAAAUGUCACCAGCUUUGACUCAGUUGUUCCUGAAAAGCUGGAUGACCUAGUCCCCAAGGGGAAAAAAUUCCUGCUGCUCUCCAUCAACAGAUACGAAAGGAAGAAAAAUCUGACUUUGGCACUGGAAGCCCUAGUACAGCUGCGUGGAAGAUUGACAUCCCAAGAUUGGGAGAGGGUUCAUCUGAUCGUGGCAGGUGGUUAUGAUGAGAGAGUCCUGGAGAAUGUGGAACAUUAUCAGGAAUUGAAGAAAAUGGUCCAACAGUCCGACCUUGGCCAGUAUGUGACCUUCUUGAGGUCUUUCUCAGACAAACAGAAAAUCUCCCUCCUCCACAGCUGCACGUGUGUGCUUUACACACCAAGCAAUGAGCACUUUGGCAUUGUCCCUCUGGAAGCCAUGUACAUGCAGUGCCCAGUCAUUGCUGUAAAUUCGGGUGGACCCUUGGAGUCCAUUGACCACAGUGUCACAGGGUUUCUAUGUGAGCCUGACCCGGUGCACUUCUCAGAAGCAAUAGAAAAGUUCAUCCGUGAACCUUCCUUAAAAGCCACCAUGGGCCUGGCUGGAAGAGCCAGAGUGAAGGAAAAAUUUUCCCCUGAAGCAUUUACAGAACAGCUCUACCGAUAUGUUACCAAACUGCUGGUAUAAUCAGAUUGUUUUUUUUUUUUUUUUUUUUUUUUUUUUUUUUUUUUUUUUUGAGACGGAGUCUCGCUCUGUCGCCUGGGCUGGAGUGCAGUGGCGCGAUCUCGGCUCACUGCAAGCUCCGCCUCCCGGGUUCACGCCAUUCUCCUGCCUCAGCCUCCCGAGUAGCUGGGACUACAGGCGCCCGCUACCACGCCCGGCUAAUUUUUUGUAUUUUUAGUAGAGACGGGGUUUCACCGUGUUAGCCAGGAUGGUCUCGAUCUCCUGACCUCGUGAUCCGCCCGCCUCGGCCUCCCAAAGUGCUGGGAUUACAGGCGUGAGCCACCGCGCCCGGCCCAGAUUGUUUUUAAGAUCUCCAUUAAUGUCAUUUUUAUGGAUUGUAGACCCAGUUUUGAAACCAAAAAAGAAACCUAGAAUCUAAUGCAGAAGAGAUCUUUUAAAAAAUAAACUUGAGUCUUGAAUGUGAGCCACUUUCCUAUAUACCACACCUCCCUGUCCACUUUUCAGAAAAACCAUGUCUUUUAUGCUAUAAUCAUUCCAAAUUUUGCCAGUGUUAAGUUACAAAUGUGGUGUCAUUCCAUGUUCAGCAGAGUAUUUUAAUUAUAUUUUCUCGGGAUUAUUGCUCUUCUGUCUGUAAAUUUUGAAUGAUACUGUGCCUUAAUUGGUUUUGAUAGUUUAAGUGUGUAUCAUUAUCAAAGUUGAUUAAUUUGGCUUCAUAGUAUAAUGAGAGCAGGGCUAUUGUAGUUCCCAGAUUCAAUCCACCGAAGUGUUCACUGUCAUCUGUUAGGGAAUUUUUGUUUGUCCUGUCUUUGCCUGGAUCCAUAGCGAGAGUGCUCUGUAUUUUUUUUUAAGAUAAUUUGUAUUUUUGCACACUGAGAUAUAAUAAAAGGCGUUUAUCAUAAAAAAGAAA